CGCCGUGACUGCGGAAGUGGCCAAGCUCUUGGGCGAGGCAUCCGCGCUGAGGGCGCAUUUCUCGGGGAUUUCGGUGGCGUCGAGCCCGUGGGCGAAACCCUUCGAGAAGCAGAUCAAGGAGACGCUCGGGGUGCUCGACGAGGCGACUUCGGAGCUGACGAAGCACAUCCAGGGGAAGUCUGACGACAUCCAGGACGCGAAGUCCGACAUCCAGGAGGCCACCGAGUCCUUUGCUUUCAUGGGCGGG